AUGAGGAUUUGGGAGUUCGUAGCGGAGAUAAUCGGGUGGUCGAUAAUGUGCGAUACGAAGCACUUCGAGGGGGCGAGGCCGUGGCUGGGCGACUUCAGGGAGGCGUUUAAGAUGGCCAAUGGAGACACGAGGCAGGUGGACGCCCUCUUCUUUUACUGCAUCAAGAAAAUUACCGAGAUCGAACUGGACCGCGAAUCGCACGCGACCUCGGCGAGUAUGGCGUACGCGGAUCUGAAGGAGCUGCACACGGACGCGUUGACGUCGUUACUGAAAAAUUGUAAAUUGGCGAACGGUGAAAAUUUAUCGGAGUUGUUGCUCAGUUAA